CAAAAUGACCUUGCCUUGCCGGUGCAUCACCAUCCGGGAUUUUCUUAUAAACGGGUUGACGCAUGCGCAGAAACGGAAGUGGUUCGACCUCUGCUGUCGAUAUAGCUGGGCUGCUAUCUAAUCCACCAGAACAGCUUUUAAUACCCUACACCCAAAAAUGUAUGCCUGUGCAAAAUUCGUCUCCACGCCAGCCAUGCUCCGUGCUGGCUCAAGGGCUCUCUACAGACCCCUCUCUGCUUCUGUCCUUUCCCGGCCAGAGGUCAACACAGAGACCAGCUCAGCCCUCAUGCCACAAAGCCCCCUGACCCAGGUAGCACUCCGUGGCUUCCAGACUAGUGCUGUGAGCAGGGAUAUUGAUACUGCUGCUAAGUUCAUUGGUGCUGGAGCAGCCACAGUCGGAGUGGCUGGAUCUGGUGCUGGAAUUGGAACCGUCUUUGGCAGUCUCAUCAUCGGAUAUGCCAGGAACCCUUCCUUGAAGCAGCAGCUCUUCUCCUAUGCCAUUCUGGGAUUCGCCCUGUCUGAAGCUAUGGGUCUUUUCUGUUUGAUGGUCGCUUUCUUGAUCUUGUUCGCCAUGUAAAAACAAAUCAAACAAUGUGAACGCACUCUUAACUACAGUUGUAACUACAUAUUUUACUGUGGCUACCAAAAUUGUCCCAUGUUGGUGUCGAAAUUGUACAUUUUUUUCAGGUUGAUAUGACUGUACCAAUAAGGAAAACACAUGCAUUGUACAAAUGUAAGACAUUACAGAAUUAAAAUGCAUGUAUUUCACUUGAAAA